AUGGCCGUCCUUCAAGAAAACAUUGACCCUAAUGGAGACACCUUGAUCAUCUUCUCCUACUUGGCUGUGCCUACCCAGAGCGCGGAUGAGCCAGUGCCUGCCGAAGAGCAAGCUGCAACUGCUGAGCUACUAGCUGUUGAAGAACCAGCUGCUGUCUAUGAGCGAGACCAUAUAGACGGCCAUUCCACAAUCUCCAGCAUCGAUAGGACUACCCACUGUCACGAAGUUGCAUCACGACGUGCCAGAGCGAUGUUCCAAAGCGACUAUCGUGAGACUCGGAAGACGGAAGUUGAUGGCCUUUACCACUGGGAAAUCGGGCCCCUGUUUGAUCCUGAAGCUUUCAGGAUUGUCAUGCAGGUCAUCCACGUGCAAGCUCAGGAUUUGCCAGAUGAGGUCACGCUUCAGAUGAUAGUCUCAAUAGCUGAGAUUGUGGAUGACCUUCAAUGCCAUGACGCUCUAUCAUUCUUUGUCAAGGUGUGGAUCAAUCGGUUAUCUGAGUCAGUUCCCAGUCAUAUGUGUGAUGAGCUGGUUCAAUGGAUCUUCGUUGCAUCGGUAUUCGGCUUGGAUGAGAAGUUUAAGCAGGCAACAAGAGUGGCAAUUAUGUGCAGUACCGGGCCUAUAGAUCUAUUAGGGCUUCCUAUGCGUCCAGAUAUUGUCGGUAUGUUCACAACCAUUUCGCCUUUCCGCAACCAGAGUCUGUCCUCAGCACUUGAAGCGGUGCGACACUUUGACUCGCCUUCUCUCUAUCUCCCAUCAGAGGAUAUUUCUCACUAUCCAUUUGAUCACUUUGAUUCCUCCUUUCAAGGGUCUAAAGAGGAUGUUUGGGUGUUGCAGAAAGACGCUCCUUCAUCAUCACGCCGCAAAAAGAAGGACAGAGGACUGUUUGAUGAGGAAGACGACGACGAAGAACUAAACAAAACUCCUAGACGACUAAAAUCUCUUGGAAGCUAA